AUGGCAUCCUCUUCCUCUUCCCAACUCCCGCCCUCCGUUUUCAACCCUCGGCGACAUGUCGGCGUGCACGCGGAGCGCGUCUCGGACGUCGCGAGCACCGACUUCCCUGGUCAUUAUCCGGGAGAAGACCACACAUGGAGUCUGGCGCGGUUUAAAGAGAACUUGACAGUCUCCGUGAAGAGGCUCUCACAACGCUCGAUCGAGUUUGACCUCGUCGGCGUCGACGCGUCCAUUGCGAAUGCGUUCCGACGAAUAAUGAUCGCGGAGGUCCCUACAAUCGCCAUCGAAGACGUCUUCGUUUGGAACAACACCUCCGUCAUCCACGACGAGAUCCUCGCACAACGCCUGGGUCUCAUCCCGCUCAACGUCGACCCCGCACUGUUCUCACCCCGACUACCAGGAGACAUUCCCUACGACCGGAACACGCUCGUCUUCCAGCUGGACAUCGAGUGCUCAAGAGGGGCAAAAGGCGCAAUUAUCAACGAGUACGUUACGAGCGGGGACCUGAAGUGGGUGCCGCAAGGAGAGCAGGAAUCGGUGUUCGGUGACCUUGUCCCUACCGCGACGAACAAGGACAUCGUGAUCGCAAAAUUACGGCCUGGUCAGGUCAUCAACGUGGAGCUGCACGCUAUCAAGGGUGUAGGGAAGGAGCAUGCAAAAUGGAGUCCAGUCGCUACGGCGACAUACAGGCUACACCCUCUCGUCCUCCUGAACCCCUCAAAACCCAUUCCCCCACAUCUCGCCCAAAAAUUCGCGUCAUGCUUCAGCCCUGGCGUUGUAAAAGUCAGCCCAGACGGAGAGGUCUCCAUCGACGACCGGCACCUGCGGAAAGAGACGAUGUCGCGCGAAGUGCUCCGGCACAAGGAGUUCGAGGGCUCCGUCGAGCUCAAGCGCGUACGCGACUGGUUCAUCUACAGCGUCGAGUCCGAGGGUCCGUAUGCGCCCGAGGUGCUCUUCCCGGAGUCCAUCAAGAUCAUGCGGGGGAAGAUUGCGGCGAUACGUGCGGCGGCGGAGGCGUUACUCACGGACUCGGAGGGUCCGGAUGCUGGUGCUGCAGCUGCUGGUCCGGACGCAGAUGGGGACGUCGUGAUGGAGCCAUGA